UUUUCUCCGAUUUCCAGUGAGCUUUCAAAUUUUAGUGACAUGGUCCAUCGAACCAACCACCCCAACUUGCAUCAACCCGUUCUCGGCCCCACAUACACCUCUGAGGCUCAUCCGGGGCUCAUUCGAACCGCCUCUUCGUGCUCUGUUCGCUCACGACAUCCGCAGCAACUCAGCUCCCCUGCCUAAGAUACUUUUGAAAUUGGAACCGACCCAUGCUGCGGCGCUUGGCGAGCAUCCUUGCCAGAGGCUCUCCGGAGCCACGCACUGAGGAAGAACCACCAGACGAGCAUGUUGUGAUUCCCCCCUCGGUGCAGGCCUUCUAUCCCACCCAUUUCCUCAACGAUUACGUGCAGGACGAGCCCGCCCCUUUCCCCUUGCACAAGGAUGAUGACAGCUCGCGCUGGCUCCGCCUGACGUUGCUGCGCGCUCGAUACGAGGCAUACCUCGACUAUGACAUCAGCAGCAACCUCCCAGACGCCCAGGAAUUCCUCCUCUUCGUGUUCACGCACUACCGCAACGAUCCGGAGGUGCUGAGCGACCUGCUGCUGAUGAUGAUCCGCACAAGCGCCGAGCUGCAGCAGACACCGGGCCUCCAACGCAGCAACCUCUACUUCGACUCCCGCUGGCUCAAGCUCCUGCCGCUGCUUGUCGAGGAGCUCGAUAAGGCUUUUGAUGAUGAGCCUGAAGGGUACAUCGCGCGCGAACUCGUGCCAUGGAUCUCAAGCAUCAUCUUCCACGCCGGGCCCUCUGCCGAUAUGUACCUCGACCGAGAACGCGCCGUGUCGGUGCUGCUGCGCAUCACAAAGUCCAGGUGCAUCGGCGCCUCGCUCGCCGCUAUCGUCCUCGCCCGCCUGUACGGCGACGAUGCCGAUCUUGCACAAGAGAUUCUGUGCUGUGAACGCGACCUCAAAAUGUGCAUCCAAUCUGCGCUGGACGGGUCUGUGUUUGAGGACCGCGAGUUUGGGUGCGGCCCCAUCUGCGUCGCCCUCGCCCGUAUCACCGCACACCAGCACGUCCGACGCGCCUUUGAGGAGCGGCUGCCAGACUUCAUCAAGAUCCUGGAGCACAACCUGUGGGGCCCGCGCCAUUUUUCCCUCGACUACUACCGCAUCGCACAGGCUGCGUGCUGUCAGAUAUUGCGCAACUACGCGUCGUCCAUCGUUUCAAACGCGAUUUUGCACCGUGAUGCAGCGCGCGCGCUGAAGAAGACGGCGCAGGAGCUCGCGAGCGAGACGGACAUGUGUGAAGUUGCGUUCAAUCUGCGGGUGGAGGUGCGACGAACGCAGCGCUUGCUGGCAAAAACAGCGAAGCAGCAGCACCACGACAGUGACAGUGGUGGCAGUGGUGACAGUGGCGAGAACGACAGCAAGAAUGAUGUUGAUGGUGGUGAUGAUGAUGAUGGCGGUGUGAGUGAGGCUGCACCAGACAGCCAACAAGACGAAGGUGGUGCCGACGAUGAACAUGGUGAUGAUGUUGAGGCGCAAGCGGAAGAGAGAGGUGGCUUGUUUUGAUGUCUGUGUCUGUGGGCAUGUAUGUGUGUGUAUGUGUGUGUGUGUGUGUGUGUGUGUGUGUGUG